ACCCCAGAACAGCUCCUGUCGUCCCGUUCGCCAUCCUCUCCUAUUGUUUCUCUCCUCUUCUCGCCAAACCGUCGCGAAGGAUAGCAUUCGCCCAAAUCCGUCCACAGUUGGGCUCCUCCUCGCGAUCCAAAUCCUCCCUUCUCCAUCGAUCCCUCUAGAUUUGCCUCCGAUCGAUCGUUCCACCCGGCUUCCGUCGUCCGCCGCGGACGUGGUUGCCGGAACUAGGGUUUCCUCCCGUCUGUCCACCAGGGAAUUCCUUCCUUGGCGUCUUUCGAUUUAAGGUUUGGUUGAUCUGUGAUUCUCAAGCGAGCGGAAAUUGACGGUCCGUGACGGCGGAGGGAUCGGAGAAGAUGCAAGGCCAUGCAGUGGCGGGAAGAUGAGAGGAAAGUUCGGCGGCUCGUGCAGUUGUGUUCAUCGUCUGGUGUUAUAGAAUAUGCUGUGGAAGUUGUUAUCUCCGGUCGCAGAUGCAUUUGGCGUUCGUUCCUAAAGGAUUGAUGGAAAACACAUGUUGGUGAAUGUGCUCUUUUUCUGGCUGGAAUUGCUCCACCUUUCAUUGGAAUCAUUCAGGGUUUAACAAGAGGGAAAUAAGAUUCUCUCAAUUUGUGUGUUAAUUGGAUUGACCUUGUGAUUAGACUUUUCAAAAGUAUUUUGCUUGAACACUGCCAUAUAUGAAGUAUUUUGAUCCUUGCACACGGAUAUGAUUACUUCUGCCUUGUUGCUUCAUCGUGUAAGCUUGCAUUUUUCAAACAUUUGUGUGUAGGAGAGUAUGAUGUUUUCAACAAAUGUUUGUGGUGGUUAACCGAUCAGGAUUAUUAUAAUCAACAUCAGGAAGAAGUUGUUGAAGCUUGAGCACGACUCAGGUAGAAAUGCAUGGAGCAAUUCAAUCAGGUGGGCAUUCACAAAAGGCUCUGAACGCUACGGCAAGCAGCCAACAAUUAAAAUCUGGUUCAGAUAAUGUACAAAGUAGUGGCAACUCUCCUUCUCAGGUCAAGGGAAAGAGAAGAUCUAGGAAUGAUCAAGGAGUGGAACCAAUCAAGGGUGACCAGGGCAUCGAAGUCAAAAGAGACCACAAUAUGGAGGCAAACAAGCGGGAGCAUUUGUCUAAAGUCAGUGAUGGAGGUUUUGUUACCUUUAAGUUUGAAAACAUUAGGACAGAAAUUAACAAAAUAACUGAUAAAGGUGGGCUUAUAAGCACUGAAGGGGUUGAGAAUUUGGUCAGCUUAAUGCAACUAGAUGUAACGGAGAAGAAAAUUGAUUUAGCUAGUCGGAUAAUGCUUGCUGAUGUCAUUGCAGCCACAGAAAAAUCUGAUUUCCUUAUUAAGUUUGUUCAGCUCAGAGGAGUGCCUGUGCUGGAUGAUUGGCUCCAGGCAGUGCACAAAGGAAAGACUGAUAGUGGAAGUAGUCCUCAUGAGAGUGAAAAAUUAGUUGAGGACUUCCUCUUGUCUUUGCUUCGUGCCCUUGAAAAAUUGCCUAUAAACCUAAAUGCUUUGCAGAUUUGUAAUAUUGGUAAGUCGGUAAACAAUUUGCGCAGUCAUAAAAACAUGGAGAUCCAGAAGAGAGCUAGGGGUCUUGUUGACACUUGGAAGAAACGAGUUGAUGCAGAAAUGUCAAAAAUAAGUGAUGGAAAAUUUGUUGGAUCUGGCCAACCAGCUUCAUUUCCAGUGAAGCCAGGGCAUUCUGAUGUUAGUCAAGCAGGACAUAAGCGCACUGGAUCAACUGAUGCUGCUGCCAAAAUUUCUCUCACUCGGCCAUCAGCUGCUAAGGUUUUACCUAGUAAACAUGGGACUACCGAUUCUAAUAAGAAGCCAAUUGCACCAGCACCUCUCGUGGCUAGCUCAAAGGAUCCACAUUGCAAAGCAGCUAUGGGCAGUGGUGGUUCAGUAGUGUCACCUCCAGCAGUUAAAGAGGAGAAGCCCAGUACUUCCAGUCAACCUCAGAGCAAUAGCCACUCCUGUUCUGGUGAUCAAGUGAAACCAAUUGCUUCUUCAUGGAAGGAAGAAGUAAUGAGUUCAGUAGCUGGAUCAGGGAACGCUAGCAAGUUAGCUGGCUCUACAAACCGCAGUCAUAGGUCAAGCAAUGGGCUUCAUGUAGCUAAUGUAUCUGUAAAUCAUAAGGAAACUCAUUCUGGUAGGUCUGGAUCAGUCAACAAGGUUAUGACAGCACAAAAAACAUCACAAUGCGAAAAGACACCUGAUAUCCCUGUUGGUGAUCAUGGAGGUAGCUGUAGGUUGAUUGCUGGGCUUCCCAAUGCUAGCCAAAGCCCAGGAAAGAGUGACAGUGGAGGCUUUCUUGAGGAUGAAUCGAUUAUGGGUGGCAAAUCGUCAUUUGUAGGUAUUCCAGACAAAAGAGAUCUGAAUGAUGGCAGAAUGAAAUUGAAGAAUGAUGUUCCUUUGUCUCAUACCGUAGAUGCUACUGAUACAGAAUUAUGCCAGGGCAAUGAUGUAAAAGAAGGAUUUGGUGGAAUUGCAGAAAAUAGAAGAAAUGUUGAGGUAACUGAAAAACUUGCAGAUCCUGCUAAAACUGCCUUGUUGUCUGGGAAUGAAAAUGGAGCUUGCUUGACUGAACCAAGGACAAGUUCUUCCAAUUCUAUGAUUGCCUUGGUAGAAAGCUGUGCCAAAUAUUCUGAAGCUGUCAGUCCCUUGGCUGUUGGAGAUGAUAUGGGCAUGAAUCUACUAGCUACUGUAGCCGCUGGGGAAAUUUCCAUUUCCAGGUCUAACAUAGUUACACCAACUGUUUCAGUUGGAACCCCAUCUGCAGUAGAGGAACAUAAUGAUGAUGCUAAAUUGGGAUUAUCUUGUGAUGUUGAUAUGGCCGAGAGAAAUGCUCUACAUGAAGAAUCUGCUAAUGCUAGCUUUGAGGAAGGGAAGAAAGUCAAUUAUGUGUUAGUUAAUGACAUGUUGCAGACUGAUAAUAAGCUUUUGCAGACUGAUAACAAGCUUUCUACUCAAUUGCAGACAACACAAUCUACUAUCACCCGUAUCAGCUCUCUUGAUAAUUUAGAUUCUAAGAACAUGGAGGUAAAACCUGGGGAAGAAAAAAUUGAUUUUCCAGAAGUGGAGGGUAGUGCUACCAUUGGAGUUGUUCCAAUUGAGGACAAACAAACUACCGAGGUUCAAGUUUCCAGCAUUUGUACUGAUAGUAAGCCUAACUUCACAAGCCCAAUGAAGAAUGAGAACACAUCUUUUGAACAUAAUUGUAAGAUUGAAGAUAACAACAAUAUCUGUAUUUCUGAUGUUAAAGCAGGUGAUAAGUGUGACAUAGAUGUCACUGAUUCUGCUUGGAAAUUAGAGACAAUGGGUGUUGAAGAGCAUAUGACAAAUAAAGUAGUGAAAAAAUUAUUAAGUAGUUCUAGCUCAACUAAAAACCUGCCAAAAUCUUCAUCAUCAGAUUCUGGAAUGUCAUUGCCUGCUGUCAGUAUUACUCCUAUAGUUAUUGAUGAGUCUAAGGUCAUGAAAUCCAAUAGCACAGAAAUCACUCUGCUGGAAUUGUCCAGUGAAGCAAAGGAGAUGUGUACUCCCCCUCCUAGCACUGAUGAGCUUGUAGUAUCAGCUGUUAUUUCUCAUGACACUGCUGAGAUUGUUGGAAAUCUUAAGGAGGCUAAUAAGAGUGGCUCAGUUGAAUCAUCAGGAAUUCAAGAAGUGCUAUCUUCUAAAAUCAGGGAAACUGUGAAUUCUGCAAAGUCUUCUAGGUCAUCUGGAUUUGAGGAAGUGGGAGAGGAGGGCCAUGCAUUAUCUGCAGAUCACUGUGCGUCAGUUCUUGCUGAACAAAUUGUUGCCACUAGACUUGAACUUGAUUUGAAUGAAGGCAUUCCUGUGGAUGAAGGAAAUCAAGGGCAAUCAAUUAUCUCUUCUACAAUGUGCCCCUCUUCAGUUCAUAUACCGCCUUGCCAAUCUCCUUUUUCAAAUCCCAUCUCAACUGAUUUACCAGCUUCAGUUACUGUAGCUUCUCCCGCAAAAGGGCCUUUUAUUCCACCUGAAAUUUUGUUGAAGGCCAAGGGUGAGCAUGUAUGGAAAGGUUCACCAGCUACUAGUGCAUUCCGGCCAGCUGAGCCACGGAUGAUUUCUAAUAUUCUUGAUAUCCCAUCAUCGUCAGAUGGCACUGGAAAGAAGAUCCAUCCUCUACUAGAUAUUGACCUUAACAUAGCUGAUGAGGAUGUUGAGGACAUGACUUCUCAGAGUUCUAUGCAGAUGGCAUGUACAACUAUUGCUAAUGAUUUACCUACAAAAAUUGCUGGUGGAGUAGAUCUUGAUUUAAACAGAGUUGAUGAUAAUGUGGAGAAUGGUCAGUUCUUGGCAAGCACUAGUUGUAGAUUGGAGGUGCCACUUUUGCCCAUGCAAUCUGCAACGGUAGGACUCCCUGUUGGUAAAGCAAAUGUACUUCGGAACUUUGAUCUGAAUGACAGACCAGGUAUUGAUGAAGCUGGUAUAGAAAUACAACCCAGAAGCCAACAAGCAAAUUAUGCAAAUAUCUUACCAAGCUUAGCUCCAGUUACCGGUCAUAGAACAAAUAAUCUGGAAUCUGAGUAUGCCUCAUCCUCUUUCCGUCCUAACCCUUUUCCAGUUGUCAUUCCGUCUUUUUAUCCUGAUAGAGGAGAGCAAUCUAAUCCAGUAGUUGCAGGGGUAGGACCCCAGAGGAUCCCGGGAUCAUUAAGUGGCAAUAACCUAGAUAUUUAUCGGGCUCCUGCAUUUUCAUCAUCUCCAGCCAUGGUGAUUUCUCCAGUUGCACCUUUUCCUUAUGCAAACUUGUCCUUUCCUUCCUCUUUGUCACUUGCUCCAGCAUCUUUCUCUGGUGGCUCAACACCUUAUGUUGAUUCUGCUAGUGGAGGUGGUUCAUGUUUCCCUGCUUAUCCUUCACUACUUGUUGGUCCUCCUGGUGCUGUUUCAUCAUCUCAUUAUCCAAGGCCUUACAUGAUAAGUUUUCCCGAAGGUGGUACUAGUAAUUUGGGUAGACAAGGCUUUGAUUUGAAUACUGGUCCAGCAAGUGCAUAUCUGGAAGGAAAAGAGGAGAAUCUGGCUUCAUCUUCAAGAUAUCUUUUACCUGCUACUUCUCAGGUUUUCAUGGAGGAUCAGACCAGAAUGUAUGGUGUUCCUGGUGUCGGUUCGAAGAGGAAAGAGCCUGAAGGCAGUUGGGAUGCUGAAAGACACUCCGAAAGAUCUUCUAAGCAAUUAUCCUGGAAGUAAGAAGAUGAAGCAGCAGCUUCAUCUGUACCUUGAUGUCUGGUUAUACACAAACAGAAGCUCACAUCCUAUUGUGAAUGACUUGGGGAUCUUUCUGAGGUGAUCCAGAACUUGCUGUAAUUCCUGUAAAUUUCACUCACCAUUUUUCAUCUCCUCUGAGGAUGUUUCCUUAACAUUUUUUAGGGUUUUCAGGUAAGUUUGCUGUUUUUUAUUGGAAAGAUAAUAAAGCAGGCCUUUUAUAGAAUGUAUCCAAUAGAAUUGAUGCACUCUUAAGUUUAUUAUUAUUCCUCAUAUGUGCCAAUGCUACUGUAAGUGCAUUUGAUCUUUCAUCUACGAGAGCUGUCACCGGUAUCAUCUUCUACUUUU